UCCUGGCUGUGGAGGGGGAGGUCCACCACCAGGUCAGUGCGGGGGACCCGGCCCUGGGAACCCUGGACAAGGCCAGUGUGGAGGCCCUGGCCAAGGGUUGUUUGGCGGCCAUGGCCCUCCUCAGGUUGGUGACCCCAACAUGAUGAUGCCCUCUGAAUCCAUCAGACCUCCAUCAAGUACAGAAUUCACAACCUCUGCUGCUGCAUCAUUGAGAACGGAACUCCGCACAGAUCCAGACGAAUUUGCCAUGCCUGGUGAAGGUCUCCAACCUCUGAGCAAUAACAUUGUGACCAAAGUAGGUGAGGACCCCCAUGGUGACCUCCAUGAGAAAGGAUCCUCCAUCUGGUGCACAGGGACAAAUCACACUAACCGACUAUGCCAUUUUAGGAACUUGUGCUAUUUGUCUACAUUUGAUGACUUUGUAUUCUUUCAUUCUGAACACAGCACCAUCUAUGGGGUGCCGGAGAAUCGUUUCAAACCCGCUCUUCUAGAUCUCAGCACUAUUGAAGACCACAAUACACAGUAUUUUAACUAUGUUGACUUGCCCAUCAGUGCUCUUGAAAAAUUUGAUGUCACAGUUUCCAAGAUUACAACAUUGAUGUUUAAUCGCUUUUACAAUGAAAACAUCAUGCAUGUUCUUCAUGACGAUCUGAUUCCUGCAUUUCAUACGCUCCUUAUGAUCGCAAACGGAGACACAGAUGCCGUAAAAAACAUUCAGCUUCUACUCUCUGAUGAUCUGAGUGAUGGUGAUUUCUUCAAACUUUAUCAAACACUGUCAAAUCAUGAAAUAUUCUCAAGGAAGUCUCUACGGGAACAACAAAGGAAUAUCUGCUUUCAAGACAUUUAUGUUGGGUUGUCCACAGCCACUCUCUGGUAUCAGUAUGGUUACCACAAACCGCAAGGUCCACUCUCAAAUUAUAAAUCGUCCCUGAGUACCAUAAGGAAAUUCACAAGCUUUAUGAAAGACAAUUUGAAAUCGAGACGACAGGGAUUCAUGGGACACUUUAUGGGUGAUUAUUUCGUCUUAUUGAGUCGUAAGGAGAACAGAAAGAUAAUUAAUGAGGGUGACUUAAUAAUGGGGAUUGCCAAUCGCUUCAAAAUACAAGUGAGGACUCUUAGUCUUGAAGAGAACAAAGUGAGUGAGAUUAUUGAAGUUCUCCGGAGUGCUAGGGGUGCCAUUGGAAUGCACGGAUCAUUGCUUUCUCUUGCGAUGUUCCUGCCACCUGGAUCAGUCUUCGUCGAGCUGUUCCCAUAUGCAGUGAAUCCCUGGAAUUAUACUCCGUACAAAACCAUGGCGAAAAUUCCAGGGAUUGAUCUUGUGUACAGAUUCUGGCGGAACAAAAACAAAACUCGAACAUAUAUACAUCCUGACAAUGUCCCCGAGUAUGGUGGUAUCAAACAUCUGCAGAAAGACGUCCAGGAAAAAAUACUACAGGACAUUGAUGUCCCCCCUCAUUUCUGUUGUAAGGACCCUCAUUGGUUGUUCCGGGCAUAUCAAGAUACCCGUGUCAACAUCAAAACGGUGUUGAAAUUGAUUGAAUCUGGUAAGAAUGAAAGUGAGAAGUAUAUGAAAGCAAAGAAAUCUGUCAUACAUGUAACUGGUCUUCAUGCAGGAAAGGUGCAGUCAUUAUUGUGUAAACCAGUUAUAAAUGAGGGGACGCUGUCUUUGGUUGUUUCAUGGGAUAUGCCAUGGAAUUUGCACUAUUUUGAAAAUGUGGAUUUGAAGGUGAAAUUUGAGGUUUGGAUACAGGAAGUUGGGGAGGAGAAGUAUAAGGCGUGGAUUGUAGAGGGGAGGAAACAUACUUUGGGCUUGAGUGAGUUGAACCCGGGUGUAAAACAUCUGAUUUGGGUCCGGGCAAUUAUUGAGGAAAAGGUUGGUCCAUUCAAUGAUGCCUUUAUCUGUGAUCUAUAAAAAUGAUGGUAUUACAACAGUGGGUCCAAAUGUAGUUGCCUUUUGGUGUAACGGCAAACUUUUCUCCACAUGGUAUUUUAUAAAAUGUUUGUUCAACAGGCCAUUGAGUUACAUGAUUAGGGGGAAUGUUAGUUUUAGGAGACAUGUUGUCCUGUUCUUUCAAAAAAAAUUGCAAUAUGCACAUGCAGUAUCUAAAUGUACCGUCCAUUGCUCACCUUGCCGACAUUCCAAAAGGGUCAAACUCAGUAUGUCAAACAAUUGGUGAUAUGAAUAAAGACUAGCAAAUGCUUUUAUCUAAAACUCCAUGUACAUUUACACCAGACCUUUCUGUACAAAAUUGAAGUAAAAGCAUUUGCUAGACUUUAUUCAUAUCAGCCAUCGUCUUUGUGUUAUUUCGUUUAUAGCUUUUAAAGCAAAUUUCUAGAUACUGUGCCAUAGUUUAAUGAGAUGUAAAUGUGUAGUCAUGAUCUGUAUUACCUUUGGGGAUAGGUGACAGACAAUGUUCGAGUACAGGGCCUGUAAAUUACUGUCAAUAGUACAAAGAGUAUUUGAUGCUGCGUUCAUCCUCAUCCUCUGCUCAGAGCUCUGACUGUAAAUGUUACUUUUGAUAGGUCAAGAUAGUAAAAUGUGUUUUUAGAUUGUGCAUUAUUUAUCCAAGACUGAUAAUUUACUGCUAAUAAAACAAUGCUGUAGAUUACAUGUAGUACUGUAUUUACAUGAAAACAGAAAUGCAUAAAAUGGUGUGAUAUGCAUGGUCAGAUUUGUAGAUAACUGCUCUGCAAGCCUUGACCGACCAAUUUGCUGACAUAUCUUCAAAGUGAGCACUUCCAGCUGAGAUGCCAUCAGUCCUGUCUGUGCUAAAAGGUUAAGUGGGGGAAAGCCCCUGCCAUUGAUUUUUCUUUGACAUGCUCAUGCUCAUGAAUUGUGAAUACAAAAAGGAUGGCAAGGGUUACCCUGGUGCCAGGACUCCUGGGGCAGUCCAUUGUGUCCUCCAAAUUGGAUCUCGACAGGACUAGGCCGGUCCAUUGUGUCCGGAGUGUACCUUGGCCUUGGUGCUACCUUUCCCCACCUUUGCAUGUAUAUGUCCAUGUUUGUAUGAAAAAUAAAAUAUUUUUUCUA